UGUGAGUGUACAAAUAAGUAGUACAGUAUAAAACUUGCCAGUGCCAAUACCAUGAAGAGGAACUCAGACAGCUCUUACCACAUGAUACAAGAGUCUGCUGAAAGACAGAGGACCAGAAAGAGAAUUUACUGAAGAGGAGAAGGAAAAAAAAACCCAAAACCACACACACACACAAAACCUGUGCGUGAGGGGGGAGGAAAAGCAGGGCCUUUGAAAAAGGCAAUCACAACAACUUUUGCUGCCAGGAUGCCCUUGCUUUGGCUGAGAGGAUUUUUGUUGGCGAGUUGCUGGAUUAUAGUGAGAAGUUCCCCCACCCCGGGAUCCGAGGGGCACAGUGCAGACCCCGACUGUCCGGCCUGUGCCCUGGCCACCCUCCCCAAGGAUGUACCCAACUCUCAGCCGGAGAUGGUAGAGGCCGUCAAGAAGCACAUUUUAAACAUGCUGCACUUGAAGAAGAGACCCAAUGUCACCCAGCCGGUGCCCAAGGCGGCGCUUCUGAACGCCAUCAGGAAGCUUCAUGUGGGCAAAGUGGGGGAGAACGGGUACGUGGAGAUCGAGGACGACAUCGGGCGGAGGGCAGAAAUGAAUGAACUCCUGGAGCAGACCUCGGAGAUCAUCACGUUCGCGGAAUCAGGCACAACCAGGAAGAUGCUGCACUUUGAGAUUUCCAAGGAAGGCAGUGACCUGUCAGUGGUGGAGCGUGCAGAAAUAUGGCUCUUCCUAAAAGUCCCUAAGGCCAACAGGACCAGGACCAAAGUUACCAUCCGCCUCUUCCAACAGCAGAAGCACCCGCAGGGCAGCUUGGACGCAGGGGAGGAGGCAGAGGAAGGGGGCUUGAAGGGCGAGAGGAGUGAACUGCUCAUAUCGGAGAAGGUAGUAGAUGCUCGGAAGAGCACCUGGCACAUCUUUCCCGCCUCCAGCAGCAUCCAGCGGUUGCUGGACCAGGGCAAGAGCUCCCUGGAUGUUCGGAUUGCCUGUGAGCAGUGCCAGGAGACCGGCGCCAGCCUGGUGCUCCUGGGCAAGAAGAAGAAGGAUGGCAGUGACGGAGGGGAGGAUGAGAAGGAGCAGUCGCACAGACCUUUCCUCAUGUUACAGGCCCGGCAGUCUGAAGACCACCCUCAUCGCCGGCGGCGGCGGGGCUUGGAGUGUGAUGGCAAGGUCAACAUCUGCUGUAAGAAACAGUUCUUUGUUAGUUUCAAGGACAUUGGCUGGAACGACUGGAUCAUCGCUCCCUCUGGCUACCAUGCCAACUACUGCGAGGGUGAGUGCCCCAGCCAUAUAGCAGGCACGUCAGGCUCCUCACUUUCCUUCCACUCGACAGUCAUCAACCACUACCGCAUGCGGGGCCACAGCCCCUUCGCCAACCUCAAGUCGUGCUGUGUGCCCACCAAGCUGAGACCCAUGUCCAUGUUGUACUAUGAUGAUGGUCAAAACAUCAUCAAAAAGGACAUCCAGAACAUGAUAGUGGAGGAGUGUGGCUGCUCAUAGGGCUGCCUGGCACAGGGGGAAAGGGAACAAGUGUUGCCCAGAGAAGACAGUGGCAAAAUGAAGAAAUUUCUUUAAGGUUUCUGAGUUAAGUGACCAGAAAAAUAGAAAAAAAAAAAAAAAAAAAACCUAAAGUAAGAACAAAACCUGAAACAGAUGAAGGAAAAUGUGGAAAAAUCCUUAGCCAGGGCUCAGAGAUGAAGCAGAGAAGGAACUGGAAAUAGGGAGGGAAAGGGAGAAUGGUGUGCCCUUCAUUUCUUCCAGCGUCAAACUGAUGACGUCGGUUAUUGAGACGGGGCUGGUACUCUUUCCCCUCUGGUUCCCUUCCAGCGUGAGCCUUGGAGUCAACUGGUCUGGUCUGCAAUAAUGUGGACUAUCACAUCCCAAAUAGCACCCAGACAGCUAUGAGUUCGAAAGCGCCAUUCAUAGGCACUUUCCCACCCAAUUUCCCUAGGUCAUAAGGUAUGUCUGUGUGACACUAUCUGUUUAUAUCAAUGCAGACACACACACACACAUAAGACAUACACAGACAUUUCCGCACACCACAUACAUACGCAUCCUGGUGAAAUAACAAUAUCGUGCAGGUGGGCACACUUUCUUUCUCUGUACCACUUUUGCAACAAAACAAAAAACCAACAUUAAAAAAAAAAUUGAGAGCAAGAAUGGAAAGAGUGAAAGGAUCAAGGAGAAAAGAAUACCAAGUUAUAUUUCGUUAAGGUGCUUUUGAUCUUAGAACUAUGCAACCUAAUAGGUUUGAAACUGUUUACCUGAGAGAGAACAAAAAGAGAGACUUUUUUGUAUUGGAAGUAACCUGAUUAAUUUUUAUUUUCUUCAAGGAGAGAUACUUGAAAGGAAUAUGUUUGUCCAUCUGUUGGAUCCAAACAUUUCUAUAUUUUGUAAAUGUUUUUUUUUUUUUUUUUUUUUAUCGUUUACUAUUUGCACUACAAUGGUGUUUGACCUGUCUAAUCCUUAUUUAACAAGUAUUUUCUUGGGGCGGGUGGGGGGUGGUUAAGAGCUGCACUUAAUGUGAGCUAUAAAAGAACUGCUACAGCACACAAAAUAGCUAUUUUUAUUAUUAUAAUUAUUAUUAUUAUUUUGUACCUUAAAAAAUAGACACAUACACCAAAGACAUUUGUGUGAGCCUUUAAACAGUCUGUCUGUAGUUGGUAUCAUUCACCAUUAAUGAGUCAGGGGUUUGGAUUCAAGGUUGAGGAUGGGGGAUUUGACUCCUUUUACAUCCAUGAAACAGGACAUUUCAUACUGGAUGUACAGUAGUUGUACACUGUUGGAAAACAAGUUCAAUCAAAUUCAUGAAAUGCUACAUGCUUGUAUGUGUAUAUAUACAUUGCUUGUGCAUAUGCAUACCUGUGUGUAUAUAUACAUGUAUUGUAUCAUGUCCUUAUACAAUUUAAGCACUUCAGGCUGUCAUUUUUUAAUGUUCUUAAAGCAAUGAAUGUUUGUGUGCAAAACACAGUAUUUUUAAGAAGGAUAGGCUAUAUAGUUUUUGCUUUUACUCUGAACUAGGUGGGCACAUUUCAAAAAUUUAGAUGGGAAACAAAAGCCUGGAAAUUCCAGAGACUAUUUGGAAAGGCCCUCUUUAUUUAAAGGAGUUAAACUUCCUCCUUUCUCUUCCCCAGAUUCCCCACAUUUACAAGUUAUCACCUGCAGAGGAAAACAGGAAACCCAUAUUAACCAAAAGUCUGGGCUGAUUUUUUUUUUCCAAUUUAAAGAUAUUAUCUAUUGGAAUCAAUCUUAAAUCAGAUGUUCUUUUAGGGAAAAAAAAAAAAUAACUCUUUGGGCUAGACUAAAAAGUUCAGUAUGUUUUUUAUGAUUAAAGUUUAAUUAUGAGAAAUAUUACUUAUACCUGCUGGUCUAAAUAUUGUUGUUGUCAAUGGUUAAAAGUUAAAGAAAUUGGGGAGAAGGUGUUAAGAGAGUGGGGGGCGGGAAGAGAACAAAUAAGAAGAGACAAGGAUGGGAACAAUAAUAAAUUCCUAAUAUUUUGAUUUACAGCCAAAACUCUUGGUGCAGAACUUUGUAUGCAUUGAAUCAGAGGCAAAACAAAAACAAACAAACAAAAAACAAAAGAACUGCAUUGUUUUAUAGAUAUCGAAGUUCAUGCUUAAAGCUGUUUCUAUCUAAUUUAUCCCACAGUGCUUAGCUUUCCUAGAACAACUAAUAAAGUUAUUCAUUCCUGUGCUUUUAAAAAAUGCAAGCCUUAUUUUUGCUGCCCUGUUUGAAGUUAGCAAAAAUCUUUAGAAAAUUGGGAUAAAAAUGCUAAUGAUUGGAGUAGGGGGUGGAAUUAUAGUGAUCAGUACUCUAAAAAAUAUGAGGCUUUCAGCUCUACAUCAAUUUGUAGACUUUUAAAAAAUUAAAUUAUAGGAAAAUACAUAGCAGUGAGAAACACUACAAAGAAGAUUUAGCUCUUCUUGAAAAACUGCUAAUAAACUAUAACACUAGUCUAUAUGUAGGCAAAUUAAUUUAAUCUCAUUAUAGGGCAAAUAGACUUUCUAGGUUUAGUGGUCCACCCCUAACGUUCUGCAUUAGGAGCUCAAAAGUGGAUUCUAAUCAAGACAUGAGAGGGAGAACACACAGAAUUGGUACUUUUCCCCUCACUCUUAACCAUUGGCUAGGAAAUCCUGCAUGUGAGGAGGGUAGGUGUAAGGAGGAACAUUCUAAGGAUAGGAGUUGAUGGCCACGUUCACCUCUCCAAAUUUUCAUGAAAAACUUUAAAAGCGUUUUGAACCGUCUCUUCAUUGGUACCAGAACUGACCCUGGAACUUGUGAAAAGAGCCUGAGGAAACAGUCCCAGCUCACUGUGGUAUGGCAAAGAUAGUCAAGGCAGUGGAAAAAUCCAGAGGUUAGAAAGACAGCAGAUACCCAUGCGUGGUUUCAAUUCAUCUCAAAUAUGGAUGCCAUCUUCUUAAGCCCUAAGUCCUAAAUGCAUUAGGGGUAAAAUGGGUUUGAUUAGUGGCCAAAGUAAUUAGAAGCAGAGCAAAAUGAAAACCUAUAUGACAAUAUUUUAAUUGGACAUUAAAUGAUCAGGUUCUCACACACCCAUAAACUUUAACCUAGUUUCAUUAAAUUUAUCUGGCCUCGAAACAGAAUUUUUAAUAAUGUUGGUGGGUAUGCAGCCUUGUGAACAACCACACUUUUCAAAUAGCAGCAUAACGCCAGAAGGAAAAGCUUUUGAAUUCUACCAUAUUGAGUUUUUCAUGGGAUGUUUUUCCUGAAACAAGGAUGGCUCUGUCUGACCUUAAUAUAUCUCCAGUCUUUCUCCAGGGUGAACAUCUAGGUUCUUAAAAAUCUACCCAUACUAAUCUCAGAAAAUCAUCUCCUCCUACGUCUUUUGAGAAUAAUAAAUACAUUGUAGACACAAUUGGUAUUUUAUAUAUAUAUAUAUAUAUAUAUAUACACAUAUAAAUCAAACCCAGGGCCGUCAAGUCAAUUCAGACUCAUGGCAACCCUAUAGGACAGGGUCGAACUGCCCAUAGAGUUUCCAAGGAGUGCCUGGUGGAUUUGAACUGCCGACCCUUUGGUUAGCAGCCAUAGCACUUAACCACUACGCCACCAGGGUUUCCAUGUAUAUAUAUAUAUAUAUAUAUAUACACACACACAUAUAUAUAUAUAUAUUUUUUUUUUUUUUUCCAAAAAAGUAAGGAGACUUUCUGGCCACUGAGUUGGGAUUUUCUUAUCCCUGAAGAACAGCCCAUUUUAUAUUUCUUUAAGAUUGAUUCCACAUUCCAUUUUCAAAGAGAGUUCCUGCAUUCUCCUGUAAGGUAGAAUUUUGUUUUCACCCCUGUGGGAUUGGACUUCAAGAGGUGACUCUAAAAAAAAAAAAAAGAACAGAGAACAAAAAUGCCUCAGUUGUAUUAAACUUAGAUUCAAAUUAUCAUAUUCACUUGAAAAAAAAAAAAGAUUUCCUGUAGGCCUUUUGACAACUUCUCUUUUCAGCACAGAGAGAAACUUAGUCACCCUGAAAACCUGCACAAUAAACGAAACUUGUAGAUGUGGGCAGAAAGUUUGGGGGUGGACAUUGUAUGUGUUUAAAUUAAACCCUGUAUCACUGAGAAGCUGUUGUAUGGUUCAGAGAAAAUGAAUGCUUAGAAGCUGUUCACAUCUUCAAGAGCAGAAGCAAACCACAUGUCUCAGCUAUAUUAUUAUUUAUUUUUUAUGCAUAAAGUGAAUCAUUUCUUCUGUAAUAAUUCCCAAUGGGUUUUACCCUCUAUUUAAAUGCUUUGAAAAACAGUGCAUUGACAAUGGGUUGAUAUUUUUCUUUAAAAGAAAAAUAUAAUUAUGAAAGCCAAGAUAAUCUGAAGCCUGUUUUGUUCGAAAACUUUUUAUGUUUUCUGGUUGAUGUUGUUUGUUUUUAUUUUGGAUUUUUUUUUUUUCUUUGCAUCUUACAUGCGGUUCUUUAACCAAUGUCUGUUUGGCUAAUGUAAUUAAAGUUGUUAAUUUAUAUGAGUGCAUUUCAACUAUGUCAAUGGUUUCUUAAUAUUUAUUGUGUAGAAGUACUGGUAAUUUUUUUUUAUUUACAUUAUGUUUAAAGAGAUAACAGUUUGAUAUGUUUUCAUGUGUUUAUAGCAGAAGUUAUUUAUUUCUAUGGCAUUCCAGCGGAUAUUUUGGUGUUUGCGAGGCAUGCAGUUGAUAUUUUGUACAGUUAGUGGACAGUAUUCAGCAGCGCCUGAUAGCUUCUUUGGCCUUAUGUUAAAUAAAAAGACCUAUUUGGGAUUUA